AUGGCUCCAUCAGAGGAGGGAUCCUCUAAGAAAAUGGGCCCAGCGCCUCAAAUUCUCCGUCAAGCUGAAGCUGCAGCAGCAGGUAAUUCAGAGUCAGACUAUCCCAGUCAACCUCUACGACGAGCAGGGAGAAAUGAAGAUGACCACGAAAAAGUGGCGGGCCCGGCUGCGGGCUUUGGGCAGCUACCUGAUAUCGAGGUUGUGCCGCCUCCUGCCUACAAUAGUAAAGGCUAUGGUCAGCUCGAUUUCAGCCAAAUGGGUUUGGAUACCGGCGCCAAAGUCGGCAAGGAUGGCCGAGUCAACAUCAACAUCAAGCAGCGAAGCCGGAUGCUCACCGGCCUCCUGGUGCCUGCUCUUCGGAACCAACUUGACAUCCACAAGCGGAGACCUGCCCCAGAAGGCCCAAUCGUUCCGCCAGGCCUCGGCGCUGAUGGGAGAGAACUGCCUCCACCACCUAUGAACAUUGUCAUACAGAUUGUUGGGAGUCGCGGGGAUGUACAGCCAUUCAUCGCUUUGGGCCAAGUCCUCAAGCAUAAAUAUGGGCAUCGGGUGCGAGUGGCAACGCACCCUACCUUUCGGGAAUUUGUCACCGAGAAUGGACUAGAAUUCUUCAGCAUCGGAGGGGAUCCUGCAGAACUGAUGGCUUUCAUGGUUAAGAAUCCUGGCUUGAUGCCCGGUUUCGAUGCUAUGAGGAACGGAGACAUUGGCAAACGAAGAAAGGGAAUCAGCGAGAUGAUCACCGGGUGCUGGAGAUCAUGUAUCGAAGCUGGCGAUGGAACAGGGCUUGAGGCUUCCGAUCACCUGGUUGAUGGUAGAAGCUUUGACAGCGGCGUCUCCACCGGCGCUGACCCGAUGUGCAAACCAUUUGUUGCGGACGCCAUCAUCGCAAAUCCACCCAGCUUCGCUCAUAUGCAUGUUGCUGAGAAACUCGGAAUCCCGCUCCAUAUCAUGUUUACUAUGCCAUGGUCUCCUACUCAAGUAUUCCCACAUCCUCUUGCUAACAUUCAGUCAUCCAACUGCGACCCUUCCAUGACGAACUUCAUCACUUACGCGCUGAUUGACAUGAUGACUUGGCAAGGUCUGGGAGAUAUCAUCAACCGAUUCAGGCAAAAGAGCCUUAAUCUGGAGCCUGUGAGCAUCAUUUGGGCACCUGGCAUGGCAAGUCGACUUCGCAUCCCUCAUACAUACUGCUGGUCACCCGCGUUGAUACCAAAACCAGGGGACUGGGGAAAUCAUAUCGAUAUCUCUGGCUUUUAUUUCCUCAAUCUCGCUACGAACUAUACCCCUCCCGAUGACCUUGCAGCCUUUCUUGCUGCUGGCCCACCGCCAAUCUAUAUUGGUUUUGGUUCAAUUGUGGUGGACGACCCGAACGCCAUGACCAAAUUGAUCUUCCAAGCAGUAAAGAAGACUGGUCAACGAGCCCUGGUCUCCAAAGGCUGGGGAGGUAUUGGUGCUGACGAACUAGGCAUUCCCGAAGGAGUCUAUAUGCUAGGCAAUUGUCCCCAUGACUGGCUGUUCAAACAAGUAUCCUGCGUUGUCCAUCAUGGUGGUGCAGGUACAAGUGCUGCAGGAAUAUCUUCUGGCCGACCAACCGUGGUCGUUCCAUUCUUUGGCGAUCAGCCAUUUUGGGGAGCAAUGAUAGCUCGUGCUGGUGCUGGACCGACACCCAUUCCAUACAAGGAUCUGACCGCAGACAAGCUUGCUGCAGCGAUCCAAGAAGCCUUGAAACCAGAAUCGCUGGAAAGGGCUGCCGAGUUGAGUGAGAAGAUAAGACAAGAAAAUGGUUCCGAGGACGGCGCCAAGAGCUUUCACAAACAUCUCCAAGUGGACUCCUUGCGAUGCGUAUUGUAUCCCAGAUUACCUGCUGUGUGGAGAGUCAGGAGAACGGACAUUCACAUCAGUGCUCUGGCUGCUACCGUGCUCGGCAAUGAAGGACUGGUUGACUUUAGCGACCUCAAGCUAUUUCGAGCGAGAGAGUACGACACUGAUGAAGGACCCUGGGAGCCUUUCACGGGCGCUGCAGCAGCCUUGAUCGGGACCAUCGGGAACAUGAUGAUGGGUGUUGCAGAUUUUCCCGUGGAAAUGCUCAAGGCCCUUCGCAUCGCGACAUCCGAGAAGAAAGAGACAUCGCAAUCUGGAAGCGAUAGCCCCAGAUCACCAUCACGUCCAAGCCCAAGUCCAGGGCCUACACCCUCCAGCACCUCAUUACCAGAACGAGCCGCCAGCCCAGCAGACAGCGAAGAAGCACCCAGAAGUUUCAGUCCUGAUGCCCAGUCUCCCAGUGUGCAAACAACUCACAAUCACUUAAGCGCAAUCUCUGGUCACGACCCGGGCAAGGGUUCGAGACCAAGCUCUCCUGCAGGAAGGGCAAGCGGUGCUGGAAACCAGAUGUCCCUAGAAAACAUGAUAGACAGUGGAAAGGGAGUAUCUCGGAUUGUAUCCGCCGGAAUCAAGUCACCCAUGGACUUCACAAUGGCUCUUGCGAAAGGGUUCCACAACGCACCCAAAUUGUACGGCGAUGAAACAGUACGCCCGUCCGACCGUAUCACAGGGGUUCAGUCCGGUUUCAAAGCGGCAGGGAAAGAAUUCCAGUAUGGGUUCUACGAUGGGAUUACUGGUUUGGUGACACAGCCCCUCAGGGGUGCAGAAAAGGAAGGGGCGGCGGGCUUCUUUAAAGGUGCAGCCAAGGGCAUCGGUGGUCUUGUGCUCAAACCGGCUGCGGGCAUCUGGGGCAUCUAUGGAUAUACCGCCAAGGGGAUAUAUGCUGAGCUGCAGAAGCAUUUCGGGAGUUCUGUGCAGAACUACAUUAUUGCUGCUCGAACUGCCCAGGGCUACGAGGAGUGGAAGGAGAGCAGUGCUGAGCAGCGUUCAACCAUUAUCAAUACGUGGAAGAGUAUCCAAGAUGAGUUGCGGCGCCAAAAUCAGAGACCGAGACAGAAUCAGGAGACCGAAGGAGAUGUGGAGGGUCAAGAGGCGCAGCGUUCAUCUUCCGGGGAUUGGUGGUCUCGUUUCAAUCAGAAUCGUCAUCUGCCAUACGACGAGCGGAAGAAACUUGCCGAAGAGAAGCAAAGACGCAAAGAGGAGAAGAAAAAGAAGAAGGGUGGGGACGGCAAGGAUAGCGGAAAGACCACGACGAGAUGCAAGUACUGCCCCCUACAGCAUGACGAAGGUGUUGAGUGUGCGUUCAAGCCAGCGGCAGGAUUUUCAAAGGAUACAUCAGAUGAGUUUGAAGACGCCAUCCGGAGGUCGGUGACGGCCACCUCGCGAGGAGAUGCUGAGGAGGAUGCGAUGAUCGAGAGGGCGCUACGAGCUUCGGUGAAUGAACUGAAGCAUGCACGAGCCACUGGAUCGAGCUAUGAAGCUUACGAUCAUGCCGUUGCUGCUGGUGCAGUGGAAGCGGGGGAGGCCGGGCAGACUUCUCAGGCCAUUGACGACGAUGAUGACGACGACGAUGCUGAGCUGAGUGAGGCGCUGCAGAGGAGUCUACGGGAUGACGGAGCACAUGAGACAGCUUCCUACGACGAACAGGCGCCGCUUGACUCGGGCUUGGGCAGCGAAGAUGAUGAAGAUUACAAACAAGCAUUGGCGGAAUCCCGAAGUGUACACUCGAGCCUGCAAUCAAGAACGGGUCGUCCCAAGGAAGAUGCCACGGCCGCUCAACCAGACUCAGAUGAUGACGAGGACCUCAAGCGCGCAAUGAGCGAGUCAGAAAAGAACCACAGGUCCAAGGAGGAGGCGCUGGCGCGGCAGCAGACCGAGGAGGAGAUUGUGCUUGAAUAUGUGAAGAAGCAGAGUCUGCUGGAGGAGGAGCAUCGGAAGAAUCGGUUGGAAGAGCGGCAGCAGGAGCAGCAGCAGCAGCAGCAGCAGCAAUGA